AUGACCUCUCAACUACCAGAGUCCAACUCGACAACCCUCCAUCUCAGCCACCCAACGCCAGACGAAUGCGUCACCAUCUGGACUGACAUAUCGGCGCUAUGGAAGGACUCGCUGACUCUCCCAGUCUUCCUCCGUGAGUCAAGCUUUCUCGCUACGGUCCCUCUCGCUAGAGACGGCGGCAUGACCCAAUGGAUUCUGGUCGACAAGGAUCAGCCCCCCAACCAUCGCCGUAUCCUCGCCUCUUGCGAAAGCUUCAGGAAGCGAAGCCUCCAGAGCGACCAGGAUGGUAAUACCAAGGAAGCAAUCAUCCACGGCAUAGCCAGCGUGUUCUGCGCACCCCAGUAUCGGCGCCGUGGCUACGCCGGUCGACACAUGGUAGAAAUGGCCAAGGCGCUUCGCAGUUGGCAGGCAGAAAGCGGAACUCCUGUAACGGGAAGCAUCCUGUACUCCGACAUUGGGAAGGAAUACUACGCCACAUUGGGAUGGAGGCCUAACCAGACCAAUUUCCAUUUCGAGUUCCCUCCCGGCGACGUGGAAUGGCCAUCUUCUGUCCAUCCGGUCACCACAGAUGAGAUUGCAGACCUUUGCCGCAGGGAUGAGAUCAUGAUUCGAGAGGCCAUGUCGGCGCCCGAACCGUCCAUCAAGACACGAGCGGUGAUACUCCCAGAUGUAGACCACAUGUUAUGGCACAUCUCCAAAGAAGAGUUUGCUUCCAAGUUCAUCUUCGGCGGUAAGGUCCCAGACAUCAAGGGGGCAAUCGCAGGCAGGCCCGGAAAACAGGUUUGGGCUAUCUGGACACGUCGUUAUUACGACCAUCCUGAUGCUGAGUCGCCUAAUAAUGUGCUCUACAUCUUGCGUUUAGUUAUUGAAUCCGACAAGACGGCCAACAAAUCCUUCUCCUGCGUCAGCUCUGACGAUGCUGCAGCCGCGGUAGACCCGGACGUUCUCGAGUCUUUCGAGGCGGUCGUUAAGGCCGCUCAGCAUCAAGCUAAGGCGUGGCGUCUCGAUCGAGUGAAGAUUUGGGAGCCUUCAGUGCUGGCUCAAAGACUAAUCGAUGAAAGUUCUCUAAAAUACCAAAAAGUAGAACGGGAGGCGGAGUGCAUCGCCAGCUGUCUUUGGUUCGGCGAUGAUGAGUCUGAUGGUCUAACUGAAGAGCCUGUGUUGAUUAACAACGAGCAUUACGCUUGGUGCUGA